GACGUCUCUCUAUUGGUUCAGUCUAAUACAAAUUAACCUUCAGCUCAAAAGCAAACAAAAAUUUUGGGUUUGAGAAAAUUGGCGACAGAGAAUUACGAUGGAGUGCGUAUUCGGGCUCGUUGGGAAAGGAUUUGCUCUGGUGGUGGCGGACACAUCUGCAGUCCACAGUAUUCUGGUUCACAAAUCGAAUGAGGACAAGGUCAUGAUCCUUGAUUCGCACAAGCUUAUGGGUGCCAGUGGUGAAGCCGGAGAUAGGGUUCAAUUUACGGAGUAUAUUCAGAAAAAUGUGGCCUUGUACCAGUUCCGUAAUGGCAUUCCGCUGACUACAGCCGCUACUGCAAGUUUCACUAGAGGGGAGCUUGCUACUGCCUUGCGCAAGAACCCAUACUCAGUCAAUAUUGUUCUUGCUGGCUACGACAAGGAGACUGGUCCUUCGAUGUUCUACAUUGAUUACAUUGCUAGUCUUCACAAGGUUGAUAAGGUAGCAUUUGGCUAUGGCUCCUACUUCUCACUCGCCAUGAUGGAUAGACACUACCGGAAAGAUAUGACUAUUGAAGAAGCGAUUGAGCUGGUGGACAAGUGUAUAUUGGAGAUUCGCUCUAGAUUGGUUGUGGCACCUCCGAAUUUUGUGAUCAAGAUUGUUGAUGAGAAUGGAGCAAGAGAGUAUGCAUGGCGUGAAACUGUGAAGGAAGCCCCUGUUGCUUGAGACCUUUUCUUUUAGGAUUCUCUAAGAAUUAGCAAUUUCAAGUUUCAUAAGAUUGUUAUAUGAUUGUAUCAUGAAAUUCUUGAACUGCUGCCUCUAAUUUAGUGAUCCAUUGCAUGUUUUCUUGAAUAUGUUCUGAUGAGAAAUAUCCUUCUCAUCCACAUUGCAGUUAAGUCCAUUGCGAUCUGUUAUUUAAAUUUCUUGCUUCUUGUUGUGAUUCACAUAUAUGUGAUAUUAUUGUUGUAUUCAAUACAAAACUGUUCCACAGUCACGGUAAUAAGAUUGCCAACUGCAUUUGUGUAUUUUUGGAUUAGAUGGGCAACACGAUAAUCCUAAAUCAAAAUCAACUCACAAAAUUAGGUAAAGCUGAAGAACACUGCACUGUGCAAAGAGCAAAAAUCCCUUGUUGAAAUAUAGGGUUUCACUUCUUUUUUUGCCCAUAUAUAUUGGAGGACCAUCAAUACCCCUUCUCCCUAGUAUUUUCGGGCAUCGUUCUCAGGGAAAAGAAAAGAAAAGAAAAGAAAAAUUAGCAUUUUUAUUAGCGCAUGAAGUAUAACGUGUCACUAAA